AUGCCUCCGACGAACUAUGAUGACGUCGAUGAUAACGCUACCGUUCUCCAGGACGCUCCCACAGACAAGAGUGAAGGUGUUGCACGCAAGCCGCUGUCUAUGCCGCCGAGCAGUACACUAGAGUCCGAUUCGCCACCGGCGAAACCGUACAGUGUCUAUACUGCUCGAGAAAAAUGGUUCAUCGUCGCGGUGACCGCCUUUGCGGCGUUGUUCAGUCCUCUCACAGCCAACAUAUACUUCCCUGCCAUCCCGACAAUUGCCGCUGCCUUCCACCAGUCGACCGAGUUGAUCAAUCUCACAGUCACCGUGUACAUGGUCGUCCAAGGCAUAUCGCCGAUGUUCUGGGGCACGCUCUCUGACCGCUGGGGCAGGCGUCCGAUGUUUAUCGGCUGCAUGAUAGUGCUCUCUGUCGCCUGCGUCGGGCUCGCGCUGGUGCCCACUAACGCCUACUGGCUACUCAUGCUUCUCCGGUGCCUGCAGGCUGCCGGUUCAGCUAGCACUGUUGCGCUCGGUGCUGGUGUGAUUGCAGACAUCGCCGCACCGGCCGAGCGAGGCAGCUUCUUCGGUAUGUGGAACAUCGGCCCGAUGGUGGGCCCCUCUAUAGGACCUGUGCUAGGAGGCGUGCUCGCCGAAAAUCUAGGAUGGAGGUCCAUCUUCUGGUUUCUGUGUAUCGCGGCAGGCGUAUGUGCCGUUAUCAUGGUUCUAUUGCUCCCAGAGACGCUCCGCGCGCUCGUAGGAAACGGCAGCAUCCCUCCCCCAAAGGCCUAUCGCCCGCUCAUCCCUAUCAUCGGGCGCACCGCGCAGGCGGCAGAUGACGCAGACAAGCCCCCGCGGCGCGGGUUCGCGAACCCGCUGCGGCUGUUCACCUACCCGGACGUCUCGCUCCUUCUCUUCUUCAACGCGCUCGUCUACGCCGUCUUCUACGGCGUCACCGCGACCAUCUCCACGCUCUUCCAGCCGAUUUACCCGUUCCUGAACGAGACCGACAUCGGCCUGUGCUUCCUCGCUAUUGGGGGCGGGAUGCUGAUCGGGGGUGUUGUGACGGGCGAGAUACUGGACCACGAGUAUAAGCGCAUCAAGCGCGACAUGAUUCGCAAGGUGGAGGCGGACCCUGAGAAGAAGAUCCGCCCCGAGGACGUCACAAAGGAGGAGCACUUCCCAAUAGAAUACGCCCGCCUGCGGCUGAUGCCCGCGUUCUUCGCGGUGUAUGUGGCGGCGUGCAUCGGGUAUGGAUGGUGUCUGCAGGCAAAAGUCAAUAUCGCUGGCCCCCUCAUUUUGCAGAUCAUCAUUGGUUGGUCUUGCAUGGCAAUCAUGAACAGCGCGCAAACGCUACUCGUGGACCUGGCGCCCAACCACGGUUCCUCCAUCACCGCUUGUAACAACCUCGUUCGCUGCUCGUUCGGCGCGGCGUGCGUCUCCGUGAUCGACCUCAUCAUCAAGGCGGUCGGGACAGGCUGGACAUACACCCUCCUCUCCCUCAUCUGCGUCGUGUUCUCGCCCAUCUACUGGGUUCUCAUCCGCUACGGGCCAAAAUGGCGCGCUCGUCGGCGAGCACGAAGGCAGGCCAUUGAAGAGAAAAAGUAA